CAGAAGAUUAAAGAUCCAAAGUUCAACCUUUUGUAACUCAACCCUCUCCAUUUCAACGGCGUCGCCAACCCAAGAUCGCAAUGACCGAAAAUGUCCAACCCGGUACCGGCGGAGCUGUCAAUGGCGACCGGCAGGCCGCCCUCGCGGAGUACAACAAGCAGCGGCAGAAUCUCAAGGAGCUUCUAGGUAAGCGGAAACAGCAAGAGCGCCAGCUGGCACAACUAGAGCAGAGUAUCGUCGAUCUCGAGGCCAAAUACUUAAGCAAUACCCGCUUCGGUAACAUCGUCAAGGGCUUCGAUAAUUACAUCAAGGGGACUAGUUCUGCUGCUCAGCGCAAGCAAGGAGAGCUGAAGGACGAGGAUUAUAUCUGGUCGCGAUCUUCGAUUUCCUACAAUAGCCUUCACCCCGAUAAUACCGAAGCCCCCUCCGCAACGUCAACACCAGCCGCGCCGACCCCCGUCUCUACAACAUUUGCAAACAGGGAGAAGGACAGUGGAUCGAACCAGCCGACGCCUACGUCCGCGACCGCGACCGAGAAGGGCUCUGGAAAAGCUGGUAAGACCGGCAAGAAGAGAACCCAGAAGAAGGACAAGGAUGCGGAUGUAGAGGACAGCGAGACCGACUCCCGCGAAGCUAAGAAAGUCCGGACACACUUUGGCGCCUCACGAAAAUGAUGUCUGUGCCCUUCCGUUGCGGCAUAGGUGUGUUGCAAGAUUAACAUGUUUGGCAUUGAACAUUAUCUAGUGUGGUUUCGGCGUUCAUGAGGGAUAGGCAUAAGGCUAGUUUGACGGCGUUGGUUUAUUAGGAAGCACGUUUAUUGGGAAUGUAGCAAAAAACAUGUUCACGCGCUUUUUUAAGAGAUGGGAUUUACGGUUCGCGCCGUUAUAUUUUCCGUCUUCCGUCGAGAUACCCGACAGUGUCUAGGUUUGCGAAUAGUAGACCGAGGUUGAAUUUACGUCGAGACAAUGGUAUGAUGUUGAUAUUAGUGUCUCUGUGUAUAGUUGCGAAGAUACAGACUUGUAGAAGUAGACUUGUUUAUAACCCAAAGAGAAAAUAGACCUGAAUAACAAGACUUAAAGACGGUUUAUGAAUCACGC